AUUUCAGACUCUCUCCACUUCGUCCACCCAUCAAAAGAUUUUCUUCAGUCAUUAAACACACACACACACACACACAGUAAGUGGAAGAGAAAGAGAGAGAGAGCAAGAAUAUGGUGAGGACUCCUUGCUGUGAUGCAUCAGGGAUGAGAAAGGGGACAUGGACCCCUGAAGAAGACCGGAAAUUGGUUGCUUAUGUUACCAGAUAUGGCUGUUGGAACUGGCGCCAGCUUCCUAAAUUUGCUGGUACGAAGAAAGGGUUCCCUAAACUCAAAAUACUCCUUCCUUCAUCCCGUCUUGAAAAAAACAAAAGUUCUAUUUACUCCGUCGAAUUGAUAAAAGACUUCAACAAACAAUAUUCAUGAUGCAUGACUAUUUUUGCGGAACAAAAGAAUUGAAUCGAAUUGCUAGAUAGUCUUCUUCAUGUGUAAGCAUGCAUCAUGAAAUUCAACGUUAGAUUCUACAUUAUAAUUACUAACUGUACGUACUACUUUCACUUGUCAUCAAAUUGAAGGUUUAUCAAGAUGUGGAAAGAGCUGCAGGCUGAGAUGGAUGAAUUAUCUGAGGCCUGAUCUCAAGCUCGGAAACUAUACGAAAGAAGAAGACGAACUAAUCAUUAAGCUGCAUGAGUCACUAGGGAAUAGAUGGUCAGCCAUAGCAGCCCAUUUACCGGGGAGAACAGACAAUGAGGUUAAAAAUCAUUGGCAUACGAACCUCAAGAAUCCCUCAAAACAAGCAAUGAGCGAAUCAAAACGAAAAUCAAAGAGUCGUAAAAGAAGAAGAUCGCAACAACGGGAAGAAGAAAAAGAAGAUAAACUUGAAGGAAGAAAUUUAAUAACAACUCAAGAAAUCCUUGAAAGUUCUGAAUUUUCAUCAAAGCUCAUAGCAUCAUCAUCAUCGUCAUCAUCAGUGUCUUCAAAUGAACAACUCUGUUCCUCCGGCACUCCUCCACCAGCAAGAGCUGAUAAUGAUAACACGGUGUCCACCGUCGACUACUCGAGUACAAAUGCCCUAACCGAAUAUGAUGAUUUCAUGGCAGAAAUAAUAGAUGGAGAAUUUUCCGGUGGGAGUUUCUGGACGGAACCACUCCUAAUUGACGAUUACAACUUCUUAAAUUAUCCACCCUCUCCUUUUAGUGCUAGUGAAGUAUUGUUCUGCUCCUAUGAUUAUUCCUUUGAUGAUAUUGAGGAUCUAAACCCCUUGAAGAUCUGGUGAUGGUACGUAAUUUGUUACGAGUACCUUAAUUGAUUAAUCUUUGCUUGUUAGAGGUAAUUUAAAUAUAUAUGUCCAAUCAAAAGCUAAUGUACGUAUAUGAAAUCGCAAACCAAUAUUAUUAUGGUUCACUGAAU